GGCUAGAGACCCAUUGUCCAGCCUCGUUCUCUGCCUUUCUUUUGUACGCCAUCUUUCUGUGUUUCAAUAAUCACCACCAACUUCUCUCUCUCUCUCUCUCUCUCUCUAGGGUUUGGAUUUUUGGGCGAUGGAUACUUGUUUUCGUCAACAAAGGUCUUGAGGUUCAAGAGGACAGCAAGCUUUGCCUUUUAAGUUAUUUCCUUCAGUUGGCUUAUUUGCAGAGAAGCAAAAUUUGCUUAUUCUAAUAACAUCCAUAGGUAUUUAUAAGCUGCUUGAAAUGGAGACAUGUGUCGACUUCUUUAGUUGGCUUGAUUACGACAUGUUGAUGAGGAUUCUCAUGUGUUUGGAGGAUCCAUCAGAUCUCGUGCGUGUUAGUUCUGUUUCACGUUCUUGGCGAGAGUUUGUGAUUGCGAAUGGUCUUUGUAAGCAGCUGUGCUUGAGAAUGUUUCCUUCCUUGCAUAUAGUAGACCGCAUCAUUGAACCAAACAGUUGUGUGAAAAGUUCUUCAGAAGUUGGAUGCAGCAAAUCUGUAGAAUGGGAAACUUUGGAGAGAGAACACAGAGUGUAUGCAUUUUUAGCUCGAGGCUGUACAUUAUUUGCUCUAAGAGGAUGCAUUGCUGAUGCAAUAAGUGCUUCUAGCACUGAUAAUUAUCCAGAAGAAAGCAUUCGCAAUACUCUUGAACCGCGAGACAGAGUUUCAAGGAGAGCUUCAUACUGGUCAAGUAAAGGGCAAAGUAAUCCAGCAGUGGCUGAGACACUUACAUAUAAGCUAGUUGCUGAUAUUUGUGUCAUCACGGAAAUCAGUGUACGACCUUUUCAAGCCUUUUUUCAGUUGGGUUCCCCAAUAUAUUCCGCCAAAUCAGUGCGCUUCCGUAUGGGUCAUCCCAAAGCCGCAGUGGAUGAUCCCAUGGGUGAGCCAAGCGAUAAUUGUGCGGAUGACAAUUUCAUAUGGACUUACACUUCACCAGAGUUUGCGAUGGUUCAGGAGAAUCGCUUGCAGAAGUUUGAGCUUCCUGAGCCUGUUCUUUGCAUAGGUGGAAUUUUGCAAGUUGAGCUGUUGGGUAGGGUUCAGAGACAAGAUAUGGAUGGCUUAUUCUAUAUAUGCGUCUCUCACGUUCAAGUUAUUGGCCGACCUUUAUCACCUGCAUUUAGCGUUGAUAUUAUAGAACCCUCUGGUAAAUUUGCCUUAAAAGCGCUGAGUUACACACAACCAAGCUUACCUGAAAACGGAUCCCGUCCACUUCCUGAUGAGCUUUUGGAGGGACGUGUGAGAGAUCUGGAGCAGAUUGUGAAUUUGCUGCGGGGACAAGGUGUAGUUGUUGAGUAUGAUUGGAAUGAAGAGGAUGAAUUAGAUGAAGGGAUGGCUCUCUGAGCCUAUUUACUAUAAUAAGUUAAAACUUUCCUGGUCCAUGCUUUUGGGAUGAAUAACAAAUUCAAAAUGUUGACACAAGUGAAAGUGAAUCUGGGUAGCCUUUUUCUGAUCAAGAUGUGCAUUUCCUCCGUUGCGGAUAAAUAUCACUUCUAUAUGUUUUCUUUGAAUUUAUUACCAUCACGUUAUUGUCUUUGUUUCUAUUUUAUCUGUUAGUGAAUGUGGUAAUUUUUUUUUUU